AUGACCAGGACAUUAGAUUGCGUUUACGGGAGGCCAAAGGGUCCACUGCCCGAUGACAUUGCAUCCACCAGACGCCUGUUGGGCAUGACCGACGAGUCGAUACGCCGAGAUAUCUGCGAGCUCACUCAGUGGCUUCGCGACCAACCUAACCUGCCGAACACUUUGGAUGGAGUGGAAUUGGACUGGUGGAUGGAGAAUUACCUGGUUAUGAACAAGAAUGAAGUUGAAAGAGUUAAAGACAACUUGCCAGUGUACUUUCAACUAAAAACUAUCUUGCCGGAAGUAAUGACCAACCGAGAUCCAAAAACGAAUAAGGAGAUGAUAAAAGGAUACGACACGACACUUUUGGGUUUGGUACCCACGGUAAUGGACGGUGGCCGAAAACUAGCAGUGUAUAUGCAUCGCGAAGAUACGCCUACAUCAGAUUACAGCCCAGCUGGUAUAGCCAUGCACUUGACAUGUUUGGCCGACCUUUAUCUCGCCCAAGGAAUAGAUCACACAAAACUCGUGCUCGUUGUCGACAUGAGGACGGUGCGGUUAGGUCAUCUGGCCAGAUAUCCAUUAGGGCUGUUACGCCGUUUUUUCUUAUACGCCUGGAAAGCUUAUCCAGAACGCGUGGCUCAGAUCCACAUAAUAAAUCCACCAGCCAUAUUGAGUGUAAUAAUGGCGAUGUUUAAACCUCUCCUUAAGGCGAAAAUUCGAAAGAGAAUGAUUGUACAUCGUCAUUUUGAAACAUUCUUGGAGCACGUGCCAUUAAAAUAUAUGCCUAAGGACUACGGAGGCGAAUCACCGUCAUUGAUCGAGCUUCAUGAGGCUUGGCGUCAAAAAAUUAUCGACCAUCAACCAUACUUAAAAAAUUGCUCGGCUAAACAUAGAGUGGUGGACCAAAAAGCAAAUGUUGAAGCUUCUGAAAAUAAUAUGUCGUCGUAA